AUGGAUGACUUUCUGUCCUGGAAUCCUGCUGUUGGUGAAAACUGCACUUCAAUAUACGUGGCUUAUUAUUACUGCAUUGACGGGCCAUUGACAAUGGACAAUUCAACUGCAACAACACAAAUCAUCCUUGGAGGAUGGACUGCCGCUGCUCUUCCGACAAUGAACUCAACAUUUGCCCCUUUCCCAACUGCCUCUAGGUUGAUUUCUUCAUGUCAAGGAUUUUAUGAAGCAAAUGAGUACGACACUUGUGACAACGUAACAUCAUCUCUCGGCUAUCUCGACGUUGCCGAAUUUGAAGAUUGGAACACAGGGAUCAAUUGUUCCACAUCUCUAACUGACGGUACAUACUACUGUGUCGCCAAUUUCACAAGUGAUCCUCUCCCAUCCACAGUGUCUGUUCUGCCCAGUCCUGUACAAACCGGUAUAGUCUCUACGUGCGUGGGUUGGUACCUUGCAGAUGAUGAUGACACGUGCGAGGACAUAUCGGAGAUCUUUGGUACAUUUGAUGAGGACGACUUCAUAUCCUGGAACCCCGCUGUGGGCUCGGACUGCUCCGGUCUGACUGCAGGUGAUUAUUAUUGUAUUGCAGUUCCUGGAACCCCAACCACUGCUACUAGCACGGCUACCGCGGCUACGUACUCGACGAAUGGAGUAGGGCCGCAACCUGAGCAAACUGACAUUUCUGACGAUUGUUCUUCAUAUUGGCUUGUUGGAGUCACUAUUAGGUAUGACACGUGUGCCACUAUUGAAGAGGCAAACAGCAUUACUGAAGAGCAAUUCUUAGAUUGGAAUCCCGCCCUUGGUUCCGAUUGUUCUAACUUGCUAGAAGACUACUAUGUCUGUGUUUUGAUGCCGAAUGCCACUACUACCGGAGGAAAUUUGACAGUUUCUGCCGAUAACUCAACAACAACUUCUAACACCAGCACUAUCACGACAACGGCAACGACUGGCGUCUCUCUUUCAACACCCACACCUUAUCAGUCUGGCAUGGUCUCUGGAUGCGAACGCUUUUACUUGGUCGAAAGCGGCAAUGACUGUUAUGAUAUCGCCCUUGAAGCCAACAUCGCCCUCACGGACUUUUAUACCUGGAAUCCUGCUCUGGGAACCGACUGUUCGGGUCUUGAAGCUGGUGACUAUGUCUGCCUUGGAACCUCUGGGCAGCCCACAACCAUAACUUCCGGCACUGCAGUUCCAGCUACUCCUAGCCCAACACAGACGGGUAUGGUAAGUGGGUGUCUUCGAUUUUAUUAUGUAGAAUCUGGAGAUGGUUGUUAUGACAUCGCCCUUGAUGCGGGAAUAUCGCUUGAGUGA